CCCUGAAAUGUGAGAAAGUUCAGUUUGUGGCCUGUGGAAGAAACCACACGCUCAUCUCCACAGCUCAGGGGAAAGUGUUUGCGUCAGGGGGGAACAGCGAGGGUCAGCUGGGGCUCGGGGACUGCGAGGAGCGGACGGCCUUUCAAAGGAUCAGCUUCUUCGAUUCACGAGGACCAAUCAAAAUGCUCGCCGCCGGGUCAAACACCUCCGCUGCUCUCACAGAGAGUGGAAAACUGUUUAUGUGGGGCGACAACACGGAGGGUCAGAUCGGUUUGGGGAAGGAGAGCCAAGCGUCGUCGCCACAGGAAGUCAGCGUGGGGCGACCAGUCAGCUGGGUGUCCUGUGGAUACUACCACUCUGCCUUAGUCACAGUUGACGGAGCUCUGUACACGUUUGGGGAGUGUGACAGCGGGAAACUGGGUCUGGGCACCGACCAGCUGCCCCGACACCGAGUCCCCCAGCUGGUGAAGAGCAUCAAGGAGCCGGUGGUUCAGGUGGCCUGCGGAGGAGGACACACGGUGGCUCUCACAG